AAACUGGGUUCCCGCCAUUGCUGAAAAAGCCCAUUUUCAUCCACUCCCACUAUAUGACCACAGCCAAACUCUGAAAACCCUAGCUAGUAGCAACUCAAUUUGACUAUGGAAUUUGGGUUUUUAUUCCUUGCUCACGGAUUUUUCGUUUGACAUCGACGGAGUUGGAGUUUCCAAGUUAGGCUUUUCUCAACUACUUGCUGUGCAUGAUGGAACAACCUCAUUCGUGUUGCAAGGGAGCUGAAGUGUUAUUAAAUCUCCAGCCAACUUCUUCAGUUUCUAUUCAAUAUCAUCCGUUCUUUGGUCCCCAUGAUGAUUUGGUUCUACUCGAGCUUGAUGAGAAACUUCUCUCUGAUGUCCUGUACCAGAGGGUAACCUUAAGAGGACAGCCUGAUGAAGAUGCGGUUCUUUGCACCAAGUCGAAAACAUACUCGGUUAAAUUUGUAGGAACUUCAAACUCUGUGUUCCUUAUACCACCUGCAGAUUGUUCAACGUCGCAUGAAAGUGGCGGGGAAAAUUACAAGCAACAAGUUGCUACAGCAUCAGUCAUCAAAGUUGCACCUGGUAACAUGGAGCUUGUUGAGGUUGCUCCUAGACUUGACAAGCUCAAAUCAAUUCUCUCAGAGAAUCUUUACAGCUCCGAUGAGGCAUCAACGGCAAUGGGGGAUUUGUAUAAAUGGGAUGAUCUUAUAAACAAGGUUCAAGCUAGCGAUGAUGAAUUAAAGGCUGGAUUACAAGCUCUUUCAGCCGUGGAGAUUGAUGGAUAUUGGAGAAUUGUGGAUGAGAAAUACAUGGACGUGAUUCUUAGGAUGCUUUUGCAUAAUUCCGUGUUGAAUGACUGGUCUCUGGACUCACUUGUUGAAGAUAAAGUUGUGAGUGUAUUGGAAUCGGAUGGAUUUCCAUGCAAACUUGUCUACCAUUGUUUGAAUGUCUAUGGUAGUAGGGUGGAGGAGGAGGCCAUGGGCGGAGGUGUUUGGAGACUGGAUGCAAGACGAGUAUGCGUGCAUUUUGCAAGGGGGAUAUUGAGAGAAGGAAAGAGGAAGAUGGAGAGUUUCAUGGAAGAAUGGUUGCGGAUGAUUCCAGAAGAAAUGCAGCCCAGUUUUGAUAUGUUAGAAGGUGAAGUGUUGACUGAGAAGCUUGGUGUAGAGACAUGGGUUCGUGCCCUCAGUGUUUCCUCAUUGCCAACAACUCCUGCAGAACGUUUUUCCAUCCUCUUCAAAGAACGAGCUAAAUGGGAGUGGAAAGAUUUAGAGCCCUACAUUAGGGAUCUAAAUGUACCCGGGCUUUCAUCGGAAGCUUUGCUUCUGAAGUACACUCGGAGAUCUCAACCGAGCAUUGAUGCGGAACCUGUUUUUAGUGCUAGAUAGAUAUAUGUAUAUAUUGAGAGGCUUGGCUUUCUGAGGGUGGCAUUGUUGUGGUUUCAUGCGAAUCUAGUGAUUUAGUACUAGAAGAAAGUUGUUUGACCUUUGUUAUUAUUAUUAGCUCCCUCCUUCACCAUGGUUCUGGAUCUAGAAGUAUGCCUAUGCCUAUGCCAUGCGAGCAUCUAAUUUCUCAUUUACGAGAGAGCAAGUCUAUAUUUGUCAGUAUAAUAUUGACAUGUUUGUUUUAUUAGUUAGUUAUGUCGAGAUAAAGUAGCAAACAUAGGAUUUACAUGUACAAUGAAACUAGAUGUGUGCACUUUCUUGUAAGGUAGACGUCUACGAGAAAACGCGACAACCACAUACUAUUACAACAUCAGUUCUAACAUCAUGUAAGAGCUAACUACUAGACGUAUGCACUUUCAAUAAUAUUAAAAGUUAAAUGUAUUAUAAA